AACCCAACACUGAAUGUCAUGCAGGGGGUGUUCGGGGUUCAGUGAAUGCCCCUUUGUUGGGUAACAAAGGAUGUCCUGCAAUGGAUUCAGUGUACAUUAAACAGGAAGCCCCUGAGUGGGAAUCUGUGUUCAUUAAAAAAGAGGAAUCUGAUCUGGAACCAGCACGCAUUGAACAGGAAGAGUUGAGUGGAGACGUGAGCACUGCCAUUGAGAAGGAGGUGCCUGAACUGGGAAUAGCUCAGGGGAACCGCCUCCUCCCUGACGUGUGUGUGAGAAGAGGAAACUUGACAGCUGCCAGUGAUCAGAGAGCAAGAGCAGUGACUCCCAAGAGCAAUAUAAAGGAUCUGAAGCGACGGCACAGGUUUUCCGAGGAAGAGGACAUCGUGCUGAAGGAGGCGGUUGCUCUCAGGCACAAUCUGCUGUAUGGCAGGGAAAGCUGCCGGCUGGGGAGAGGAGGAAAGAAGAAGCUGUGGCAGGAGAUUGCCAGCCAUGUUAACAAUGUGGCCGAACACCGGCGCAAGCCAGAUGAUGUCCGGCGCCGUUUUGAAUUUAUAAGAAAUAAACUGCGGUCAAGAGCAGGGUGUCUGGCUACGGGAGGAGUGAGUCGGGGAUCCGCUGUGCCCAACGGCCGCAGGUCUCCAGACACAACCUCUGAUGAGCUGACACCCCUGGAGGAAGAGCUGAUGAUGGGAGUCUCCAAUGCUGUGGACAUCCUCACGGAGUGGCGUGAUACCCCUUUGAGACUACAACCACCACCACCACCACCACCCCCUUCACUGGGCAGUCCUGCUAACUUUUACACCAGCUUCUCCAUGGAUGCACCACACCAAGAUGCCACCAGUGUAAACGAUGCACCUCACAACCCACAUUCCCCCAACACCCGGGCUCCGAGUCUGUGCAAUGAGGAGCUAAUGCAGGAGCCGCAUCACCCCAGGCAAUGCCUAUCACAAAUAGAGGAACACAAAACACCAGCUUGGAACUUAAAAGGCCAACCACAGACAAAAAGAAGUCGUCCUCCAUCCAGGAACACACCGACGCAACCAACGAUUUCACCCAACCCGCCUUCUGCAGCAAGACCUCAAUCUGCGCAAGCAACAGUUAGCCAACAAAAGAGUUCUCUGGGCAGAGUCAGGGGAUCAGGUGAGGGCCAGGAGGGGUAUGGGGUGCAUGGGGCUCUGGGAGCAAAGAGAUCAAGCCCUCAACCCCACCAGAAUGACCCUGGAUCUGCAGUGGAGCGAGGCUCUCUUCUGGAGCGGAAUUAUACGAUGGAGGCCAUCCAGGAGGCUCGACUGCAGGAACUGCGUGCAAUCCGCCAAGUCCUGGAGAGAAUGGAGGAGAAACAGAGCGCCUUCCUGGGUGCCAUUGCCAGCAGGCAGAAUGAAGAGCUAGAGACGCGGCAGGCUCUUGUCCAGGCUAUUGGGAGCAUAGGGACCAUGAUGAACAGAUACUUUGAACAUCUCAUACAGAACUCUAACAGGGACCACAAUGAGCGGGUACCUUCAACAUCUCAUACAGAACUUUAACUCGACCUUGACUCCUCCGGAAAAGCUUGAUCCACCAGCGGGGGCGGAUUCCCCAGCACAAGAAGCCAGUGACAUAUCUCCCACUGCCCCCCCUGGUGACACAAUCCCAGGGGACAGGGAGAGGAUGUCUUGAAAGCUUCCCACUGAUCCAUCCAAGUGCCUUCAUACUGUACAUCAGUUUUAAUAAUGUAGGUCCAGGCUUAUACAUAUCUGUAUGUCUGUAGGCAGAGGAUGUUCUGCAGGGCGGUUCUCCACACAGAAACAGGCUUUCCCUUCCUUCUGAAGUCGUAGAGGAUUGUAUUACAGGGCUGUGUCCUACACACAGCCCUUGCUCCUAUCCUGUGAAAUACUAAUUAAAGAUCAUUUACCAAUACUGAAUAAA